AUGGAUAUGUCCAAUUUGAAUGUGGAAAUUUUGGAGGAUAGUGCUAGUUUAGAGGGUUACGUUCAAAUGAUUUGGGAUGUUGAGCCAACGGAUCGUAUAGAUUUUCGAGCGGAUUUGCUGAAAUCGGCAAGAGGUGGUUGGCAGCCAACGGUUUUUUCAAUGGUCCAAAAGGAUUUCUGUUCGACGCUAUUUGACGAGGAUGGAUUUUGGUAUAAAGCCUGGGGACAAUUUGUCGAUGAGGACGAUCGUAAAUGUAUCAACCACAAGGGGGUUACAUAUCAUCACGUUCCAUUUAAUUUGGAACUUGCCGUUGACAUUGAGGGCGAAAGGAUAUCGGGCCUUCAUAAAGCCGUUUUCCAAUUUGAGGCCUACGAUGGCCACGACAAUUUACGCAGUGAAGUUUGUAUUCAAAUGCUUUUGGAUAUUAUAGUUAAGUGA